AGCGAACGCAAAGUUUGGGAAAAUAUUUUUCCUCCCACCUCAUAAUUUUUGCAUCAUUAUGUCCCUGUAGGGGUUCCGUACGUUCCAUCCUCUGUGUUUGUUGUUACACAGACAGAGAAGAAGGCAAGCAUGUAUGAAGUAGAUGAGUGUGGAGAGUAAGUUUUUCAAUUUUUUUGCAAACAAUUCGGUUCUCAAGAUGUCAAUGGAAGAUCCGUUUUUCGUCGUUAAAGGUGAGGUACAGAAAGCCGUAAACACAGCACAAGGCCUGCAUCAGCGAUGGAGCGAGCUUUUGCAGGACCCUGGUGGUGUUUCCAAAGAGGAGGUGGACUGGACCACCAAUGAACUGAGGAAUAGCCUGAGGUCAAUUGAAUGGGACUUGGAAGACCUUGAUGAGACAAUCAGUAUUGUUGAAUCCAACCCUAAGAAAUUCAACUUGGAUUCUCUGGAAAUGACUAAACGUAAAGCUUUCAUCACAAGCACCAGACAAACUGUUAAGGAAAUGAAAGAACACAUGUCCAGUCCAACGGCUUUGGCCAUGACAGACAGGAAAAACCGCCAGGCUCUUUUAGGGAACAGUGGAUCUCAGGGUCCAGUCUGGCAACCAGAGUCAGACAAAUACACACGUCUGGACGGAGAACUCCAAACCGCAAACUCCCAAUUCUUAGAUGAACAACAAACUCAACAACAGCUCAUUGCAGAGAAGCAGGAUGAGCACCUGGAGCUGGUCUCUGGGACCAUUGGGGUGUUGAAGAACAUGUCUGAGAGGAUCGGCAUGGAACUUGAUGAACAGGCCGUGAUGCUUGAUGACUUUGGAAACGAGAUGGACAGCACUCAUUCCAGACUGGACAGUGUUAUGAAGAAGCUGGCAAAGGUUUCCCACAUGACGAGUGAUCGGCGACAGUGGUGUGCUAUUGGUAUCCUGCUUGCCGUUUUGUUAGUCAUCCUCAUGCUCUUCUUUAUUCUGUGAUGUACCAUCUAACAUAAUUCCAUUCCCACAAACAGAAACUCGCUUAUCUUAAACAAACAGUGAUUGUGAGUCCACACCCCCUACCAAAACAUCCACCUCUGUCAAUUCUACAGCCUGAAUUCAAAACUCGAGUUGAAACGUGAAUUUAGAAAGGUUUAAAUACAGAAAUAAUCAGGAUCCCCCAUAUCUUGAUACUUUUUCACUCUUUGAAGCUUUGAAUUUUAAUGUCUGAGAAUUUAGCCAUAGUCCGGAAUCCUAGUCUGUGACAGACUUUGUAUGGGAUACUUGGUUGACUAAAUGACAAGUAACAAACAGACUUUGUAUGGGAUACUUGGUUGACUAAAUGACCAGUAACAAACAUGAGUAAUUUGUACUCUGUAAUGUGCAUUCAUAUGCAAAUUAGAUACUUCUGUAUUUGUGUUUUUUUCAUUUCAGAAGGUUUUUACUUUGUAAACAUGAGGUAUUGUAUUAAGAUGGUAAGAACAGGUUCUGUUCAUUUCAUUUUUUUAAAUUAUUCAGACAAGAAGGUUCACUUUCUUUUCUCAACUCAAAAAAAGGCACUGCAAGUGUAGAGUUAAAUGCACUAUUUUCACUGUCUUGGCCAUCUUCCUACAAUACUGAAUCAAUAGAUGCAUGUGCUGUUAUGCAUACAGACAACUGAAAAUGAAUUGGCUCUUAAAUUCCUGGAAACUAUUUUGAAUAAGGUUUACAGUAUGUCGCCAGGCUGGAAAAGGGUGGUUGCAAACCUCGUAGUGUUUUAUUAUUACUGUGUGGAAAAACUAGUACAACUCAUAAUGACCUAAUAAUACUUACAGGACAUUGUCUGACAUUUCAUUUUCAAUGAAAAGUGUUUAGAGGCUACCCUCUUCAUUGUUAUUUAAUGUUGUCUUGUGCACUGACUGCUGAAUACCUGGUUGAAUAUAACGACUACUGUCAAUUGUAACAAUUAUGUUCGUGGUUUUCUGUGGACCUUGAAGUUACUAGUAAGAAAAUUACAAUUUAUUUCUAGGCAUGUAUACAGUAUGACUGCUAGCACUAAAACUGGUGGACUAUUUCUAUUUAUUUAUCUAUGUUCUUUCAUUGUUAUUUUACUGACCUACUGUUGCAUUAUAAUUUUACAUAACACCACCAAGGCAAACAUCAUUAUUACUGUAUAUUAUUUACAGGUAACAGGUGCGGUGUGUCUGCUACAUUGCCAUAGGGCAAAACACAGCAACAAUCUAAAGCAAUUGAACUUUAAACUAACAGAACAUUUUACCUUGCAUAGAGCCACUCCAAAAUUGGCAACACACUUGUAAUUAACAAAUUGCAUUUGUUUUCAACACUAACUUCACUUGUUAUUGUACCUAUAAGCACAUAAAUCAUAAGAGAACCCAACUCUAUGGUUUCACUGUACUUGUUUGAAAAUAUGACUAACCGAGUAUUAUUAUUUCCAAACUGUAUACUCUGACUGUACUAAUAUUAACAACAUUUGUUUACUGCAGUAAAGACUAGCAAUACAAGCUCAUGUGUCAGAAUGUAUCAGUUGACGCAUCUAUAACAUUCCACAACAACAAUGCAAGUAUUCUUUAUAAUUGUCAUCUCUCGCUCUACUAUCAAGUCUGUGUGGUCUGGUUUUCCUUUUCAGUAUUGAAUGUCAGUUCCCAGGGAAACUCAUUAUGAAUAUACACAUUAAUAAGGAAUAAACUGCAUAUCUAAACACACUGACUUAACUGGUUGUAACUGUGAAAAAUAAAUAGCCAGUGCCUUAGGCUAAGCUGUGACACAAGGGCUGGAAUGAUAUACUUUUUAAAUUUGGCCUCUUAAAAUGUACACCAUAUUUAAUUAAAAGAAUUAGACUUAAGUAUCAAAUCAAAUGUAUUUGUAUAGCCCUUUUUACACGCAAGCAUGUCACAGAGGGCUUCACAUACGCCCAUAGAACUGCCCCUCAACCAACCUAAACCCUCAAGGAAAAA